GUCUCCGUAUCGCAGAACCUAUACUUGGAACAAUAGAGAGAAACAAAAGGAAGUAGAAGAACGGAGAGUGAUAUAUGUAGGACGUCUUGGAGAGGAAGUCACCAAAACUAGUUUACGUAGAAGAUUUGAAGUUUUUGGUACUGUUAUGGACGUUAGCAUACACUUUAGAGAAAAUACUGAUAAUUAUGGUUUUGUCACUUUUGAGAGAAAAGAAGAUGCUUAUAAAGCCGUAGAGCAUGGUAAUGAUAAUCCAUUACUACCUAGAUAUGAUUUAAGUUUUGGAGGACGUAGAGCCUUUUGUAAAACAAGAUACGCCGAUUUAGAACCGAUUUGUCAAACGGACUGUCACUUUUGUGAAAUAAAUUUAUUAAAAAUAGCAGAUGACAAAACGAGAACAUAUAUAAUUAGAAAAAAUUGGUCCGAGUUUGCGACGGUGCACGGCAUAAACAAAACUUUUCAGCUCAACUUGAGAAGAGAGAUACGAAGAUAUAGAAGUUCCUCUUCAAUAUGCUUUUUUAUGCAUCUUGGUACGACAAUUUUCGCUUACGAGUUAUUAUGAAGUAGAAAACUGUUUUUUUUUUUUUUUUUUUUUUUCAAAUGACUUUACAGUAAUGCCUCACUAACGUGCCGAAUUUUUCCCUCGGUAUCUUACCGGGAGUCAGCUCUACCAAUUCCUAGAAGUGUUUUGCCAAGUUUUCGCGCGAAUUGAUGGAGAUGACUACGGCGGUGGUCGAGCCAAUUAGAGAUAA